AUGCCGGCUCUAAGGGUCGGAAUUUUGCACCCAGACUUGGGAAUAGGUGGUGCUGAGCGUUUAAUCGUAGAUGCUGCCAUUGGUCUACAGAAGCUCGGCCACUACGUCGAGAUCUUCACCUCGCAUCACGAUGCUGGCCAUUGCUUCGAAGAGACCAAAGAUGGCUCACUAUCUGUCCAUCACAUCCCCUCGCCUUUUCCUCGGGCUCUCUUCGGACGGUUCCAUAUAGUCUUUGCGAUCCUUUCGCAGCUUCAUCUCACCAUCAUGCUUCUUCUUGCGGCUCGCAAUCGGUCAAUCCCGGUGUGUGACGUCUACAUGGUUGACCAGCUCUCCGCAUGUCUCCCUCUUCUUCGUUGGGGCCUUGGCCGACGCGUCGUUUUCUACUGCCAUUUUCCCGAUAAAUUACUUGCUGGAGGCAAGGUUGCCCCACCCAAUGGUGUCCGUCAGGAGUCAUUUAUUAGGAGGUUAUAUCGGUUGCCUGCGGACUGGCUCGAGGAGAAAACUACCAAGCAAGCUGACGCAAUACUUGCCAACUCGAAAUUCACAGUUAGGGUGUUCAAGAACGCUUUCCCGACAAUUGCAACCGUUCCUCAAGUAGUUUAUCCCGGGAUCAACGUUAGCGCAUACGAGGGCGCGGGUUUCGAUGCAUCAGAACUAGGGGGAAUCGAAGGAAUCCUAAAUUAUCCGGCGUUGUUAUCAUUGAAUCGGUUUGAGGGGAAAAAGAAUCUUGGAUUAGCUAUACGGGCUUAUGCGAAAUUCAAAGCGUCACUCUCUGAAGGUGAAGGGGGGUCCUUGAAAGAGAGCCUACGGUUGAUUCUAGGAGGUGGUUAUGACCCUCGAUUGAAGGAUAAUGUGGACACGCUGUCAGCACUACGAGACCUCUGCGCUUCGCUGAACAUCACGUACCAUGUCUAUCCGCCAUUAUCGAUCCCCGACAACUCUGAGGUACAUGUUCCUCCAUUCCCAGACCUCGUUCCCGGAGUAACGUUCCUCCUCAACUUCACAACUCCCCAACGCUCCGCAUUCUUGAAUUCUAAAAACACGUUGGCCUUGCUAUACACGCCAGAGCACGAGCAUUUCGGUAUCGGUCCUGUUGAAGCGAUGGUCACACGUGUCCCCGUACUGGCGUGCGAAAGCGGUGGGCCAACGGAGAGCAUUAAUAACGUGACAACCACUUCCUCGAAUGCAGAGCACCCAACAGGCUACCUCCUUCCCUCAACACCUGAAGCAUUCGCAAAAGCCCUUCGACAUCUCCUCUUCACUAUGCCGCCUUCCACGCCCCUGUCGAACUCAACUGCUGCUCUGACCCCUGUCACACUCUUCAGUAUGGAUGCCAUGGCUCAUUCACUAUCUUCUGUUCUUGAGAGCACCACCGCAAUUUCGGGAAAGAUCAGCCUCAUCAAAAAUACACCAGACGCGGACGUGGUUGGGUAUGGGCUAUGGAUAAUACGAGGUUUGUGUGCGCUUGCUUUUGUAUCAGUAUAUAUGGGUUGGCUGUAG